AUGUGCUCUUUUGUGAGAGUAGGGACCCCCAAGGUGUUGAGAACUUCCUUGGAGCCAGAUACAGCUUUUCCCUUAGAGACGAGUGCUCUUGGAGAAAUAAAGGUGCCUGGAGGGAAAUCUCUUGGCGAGGAGGUUGGACUUCAAAAUGAAGGAAAGGAUGACUUAAGAAACCGGAGGGUCUUCAGGGGAAAAAACUCUCCCUUGCAGUCGGGACUCACUGUAGGAUUAGGAAAAGAUUCCCGCUGUGGGGAGAUCCCUGAGGUUAGUUCUAACUAUGAGAGGAUGGCAUUACCAGAAACAAAAUCUCCACUAAGUAGGAGGUUUGAAAUGGAAUUAGAAAGACAGAAUAUUUCUAGGAUCCCUAUGGAGAGGGGUAAUUUAGGGGUCGAUAGGGUCUCAGCCUCACAGGAUUCAAAACUUUCUCUGGGUGUGUUACCAGGAAGAGUGGGGUUAGGGAAUGAGAGUCUUCUGGCAGGGUAUCCUCAUGGAAAGAUAGCACAGCCUCCACAGGGCACAGUGUGUGGAGGUCCACAAGCUAUAAAUAGCAGGAGAGGUUCUGUGGCUAGUGGCUCUGAAGGGAUUGACGCCUUAGUGGGAAAGCAGCCUGCUUUGGGUAUGGAACAGAGACAAGAACUGGAAAAAGAGUCUACUUGUGUUAUAAUGGAACCCAGCACGGAGAUGAAGCCUCCUGUGGAGGUUGAUAUUGGGCUACCGCAAGCAGAGGAACCAGGUGAAACUGAGAAUACCGAGCCCCAAAUGGGCUUGGUGAUAGAACCUCCCCAAUGCCACCUUGUACAGCAACCUGAAGAGAAAAAGGAGGCUGAGAACAUUGAGCCGGGAGUGGAACCUCCAGAUCGCAUCAGGCCCAUAUACUACGGGAAAUUUUUUGAUCGGACGCCUUGCUGGCCAAGUGCUGGGAAAGUUAUUCCUAUUGGACACAGAGUUGCAACUUGCUUAACUGAAAAACUUCCUAGGCCAAUUACUCCAGAAGAAGCAAAAAAGUAUUACAACUUCAGAUAUCCACCUCCUGGAGCAGAGAGAGUAUUUUAUGGCAGAGCAAAUGAUCCCCAAAUUGCACCUUACUUGACACAUGGAAUAAGAUCUAAAAUUUCAAUACCGGCAAGCACGUUGAUAAACCCACAACCUAUUACCACAUUUCAACAGAAAAUUAAAGAUAAAAAGGAAUCUAUAUAUUUUACCAACCAACGGGCACCAUUAGGGAAAUCGUAUGAUCAAACACCAGCAUUGCCUCAAGGACUGGAUGUAAUCAAUACUACAUUUGGAACGGCAGUUGUCAGAGAAUCCUCUGCUAGAGAUGUGGUGAAUCCACCAAAAUCCUAUGAAGAAGUAUAUAAAGAAAGAAAGGAAGGACAUGAUUUGUAUGUUGUUUCUCACAAUGAUUACUACGUAGGAGAAGCAAAGAACCGAAAAUAUGAUCCAUCAAGUUUCCACAGGUUUAACUUGUAUGGCGUUGCAACACCACAUUUUAAUGAUGGACGAACCAUGGCUAAAACUUUACAUUGGCUCCAUGAACUGCAAAUGAAAAGAGGAGCCAAGAUUGUAUCCAAGAGAGUUGAUGAUUUCAAUGAAAAGUUUCAGCAUAAACUUGGAAAAGUUUUAGAUCCUAUUGCAGAAACAAUGAAUGUUCCCCCAGGCCACACAUUUGGAGCCUGUCUCCAUCCUGAAGAGUAUGGAGCCGGUGACCUCAUCCAUAAUAGACUUCCCAGUGAAUAUCUUCGAGGCAAGGAUAGACAGCGAGCCCUGAUUGCAGCAGUUCGACACCACUUGAAGAAAUUUAAUUACCAAAACUUUGACACUUUGCUGGCAGCCUUUAGGCACUAUGACAAGAAGGGAGAUGGGAUGAUAGAUAAAGCAGAACUGCAGGAAGCUUGUGAACAGGCCAGCCUGCAUUUAGAUGAGACCCUCCUGGACCAGCUGUUUCACUACUGUGAUGUGGAUAAUGACGGCCUUAUUAACUACCUAGAAUUUGCAAAUUUUCUUAACUGGAAAGACAAAAUGCUUCUUAAAGAGUGUGAAGAGAGGGUCAUUAUUAAAGGUAGAAAACCAGAUUGUGCGAACCUGACUGAGGCUAAUGUUGAAGCAUCUGAGGCAACUUUCCUGGUAAAGCCUGAAGAUAUUGUCUUAAAAGAACCGGGAAGCUCAGAGAAGACUCUCCGGACACUUCCGAGACCAAGUGAUAGGGUUUCUAAGCAUUACACAACGACUUCCUCUGAGAUCAGUGCUGUGGUAGGCGCUGUGCCUUCUAUCUGUUACCCUAUUUGUGGCAUACCUACCAUUCGAUCUGAUAUUCCUGCACCCCGAAUUCGUCGCAUCAGUGAUAGAACUAACUAUGGGGAGGAGGGAAAUGCUUACUCGUUACUACAGCCUACCAUUUUUGCCCAGAAAGGAGUGUUUGAAAGAGAUUUCUUCAAGACCAGAUCAAAAGAAGAGAUUGCAAAGAUAUUGUGUAACAUUGGUGUCAAACUUUCUGAUGAGGAAUUUGAAAAUGUAUGGGAUCUCGCAUCAAAAAAGCAUCACAGAGGCGAAGUUUGUGUUGAGACCAUCAGGAAUGUUCUAGAUGAGCUACAGCAUACAGAACGGAUCAAGUACAAAGCAACCAUGUGA